AAAGUCCAAGUCUCAAGUCCAUUGUGCAGGUUCUCCUACUCCUCCUGCUUCUUCCUCCUUUGAAUUCUCUCACGUUUUCGCUUACUUCUUCGUCCUCUUUAUUCUCUGACAUUCUCAUCCCCAGAAUCAAAAGCUAAAUCCAUCUCCUCCUCUUCUUUCUCCUCCUCCUUGCAUUCAAAAAUUCACAGAGCUUCAAAAGUUUGGACUUCUAUGGUUUUCUUCUCGAGAACCCACAAAUUCGAGUGAUUUUCCUUCGGGGGUUUUUAUUAUUCGGUUCGUUUGCAAACUUCCCGGUGGCUUUAAUUUGCAGCCUCCAAAAGGAGCUUCUUGAAUUGCCAGAACAUAAAGGGUAAGCCAGAAUCAUGGGUGACUCAUUAGUGUCUAAUGACAAAUUGGGCGAAUCUCCCGCAGUUGAAGUGACGGGAAAAAUCAUGGUGCUGGCUAUAAUAAUCCUCUUCAUGGUGGUGAUUUUUGUUCUGUUUCUCCAUCUCUACGCCAAAUGGUUCUGGUGGAGCAUAGAAGAAACCACUCCUCCACCGCCUCGUCGGCGCCGUCGGCGCCGCUUUGUCUUCGCCCCUGGGCAAGAUCCGGCGAUUUACGGCGGCCAGAGAAGUGGACUCGAUCCGUCAGUGCUUUUGUCCUUGCCAGUAUUAGUGUACCAACCUGAAAAUUUUAAAGAUGGUUUGGAAUGUGCUGUUUGCCUCUCUGAGCUUGUGGAAGGAGAAAAAGCGAGGCUUUUACCCAAAUGCAAUCAUGGUUUUCAUGUGGAUUGUAUAGAUAUGUGGUUUCAAUCACAUUCUACCUGUCCACUUUGUAGAAACCCAGUUGCUUCUGAACCCUCUAAAUGCAAUAGCAGUUCAAGUGUUCGAGAAAAUUCAGCAGAGAAUAUUGGUAGCCAAUCACAAGCAGCGGAAAAUUUUCAAAAUUCAGCUUUAGCUGCUAUGGGUGGUUCUGAGUCUCCAAAUUUUCCAACUAAUGUGUUGGUUUGGGGGAACCAGACUCAAGUUAGCUCUAUUAAUACAUCUUCGGAAGAAGAGGGUCCUUCCUCUUCUUCCACUACAGCCAGCAGUAGCAGUAACAAUAGACGCCAUGAAAUGAUGGUGAUUGAUAUACCGAGUGAGACCAAUUCUUCAUCUUUGUCUCCUUCUGCCAGCAGGUUUGCUGAAGAUGAGCUGAAAUCACCAAUGACCACAAGACUGAGGUCACUGAAGAGGCUUUUAAGCAGAGACAAAAGGUUAGGUCCUUGUAAUCCUGGUCCUGGCUCUAUAGAUGUGGAACAGGCAGGAAGAGGACAGAGCUAGUUAUUUGUAUGAGAAAAUAUGUCUGUAUAUUUCUUCUUCUUCUUCAAUAGAUCUGCUCACAUAUAUUGAGGCAGCCAUUUGCAAAAUAUAGGAUAGACUCAAUAGGAAGAAGGACGAACUAAUCUCUGAAAGGUGACUGUCCUUGAGAGGUUGGGUUCCUCCGGCUGUUUCCGAGAGACAGCUCUUGUUAUAACAUGCCAUUAUCCAUCUAAUCCAUGGCGAAGAUAAAUUCUCAGAUGGUAAAUUGUUAUGUGAAUCAUGAAUGGUUGGAAUUUGGAUGCUUGAAAAGUGAAUGAUAGUAAUUUAGUUUCUUCAGUAA